CCCCCCUCCGCACGGCUUGCGCCCCUCUCGUGGGCACACCUCCAGGAUGACCCUGUCUGGAGCGGCUGGGGGCACCUGUUGCGGUCCGAGCCGACUCUGAGCCCACCCUCCUCUGGGUCCACCCCUCCCCGGCCCCAUCGGCUCCUUCCAGACUCGCUGCACCUUUGCGUCCCAGUCUGCGCUUCCUCCGCCCCUCUCUGCAGCCCGGGCUCCGACGCGCGCCCGGCGCUCCCGCAGAGCGAGCGGCGGCGCGCUGCGGGGGAUGCGCUCCAUGAGGGCUCUGCAGCGCUUGCUGAGCGGGGCCCGCACUCGCUGCCGGCGGGGAGUCUGGGGGCACCUGAGCCGGAGCCCGCUGCUGGGCGGGGGCGUCCGGCACCACCUCCAUGAGGCCGCGGCACGGGGCAGGGAGACGCCGCGCAGCCACCAGCCGCAGCAGCAGGAUCAAUUUGGGGCUUUGGGUCCGCCGCGCUGGGGCGGUAACGUGCCGUCCGCCCGGGAGGGCGUUUGGGCAGGUCGGUCCUCGGGAUGGCGCCUGCCCCAGUGAGUCAUCAGAGAGUGGUAUGCUGUGCCGGCUGGGUGAUCUCCUCUUCUACACUGUUGCUGAGGGACAGGAACGCAUCCCUAUUCACAAGUUCACUACUGCAUUGAAGGCCACUGGACUUCAAACAUCAGACCCCCGUCUCCGGGACUGCCUGAGCCAGAUGCGCCGCAUGGUUCGAGAGUCCAGCAGUGGUGGCCUCUUGGACCGAGAUCUCUUCCAAAAGUGUGUGAGCAGCAACAUUGUGCUCCUGACCCAGGCAUUCCGAAAGAAGUUUGUCAUUCCUGAUUUUGAGGAGUUCACGGGCCAUGUGGAUCGCAUCUUUGAGGAUGCCAAAGAGCUCACUGGAGGCAAAGUGGCAGCUUAUAUCCCUCAGCUGGCCAAGGCAAAUCCAGAGCUGUGGGGCGUCUCCCUGUGCACUGUGGAUGGCCAGCGGCACUCCGUGGGCCACACAAAGAUCCCCUUCUGCCUGCAGUCCUGUGUGAAGCCCCUCACCUAUGCCAUCUCCAUAAGCACCCUAGGCACUGACUACGUGCACAAGUUUGUGGGCAAGGAGCCCAGUGGCCUGCGCUACAACAAGCUCUCCCUCAAUGAGGAAGGAAUCCCCCAUAAUCCCAUGGUCAAUGCUGGUGCCAUUGUUGUGAGCUCCUUAAUCAAGAUGGACUGUAACAAAGCAGAGAAAUUUGAUUUUGUUUUGCAGUAUCUGAACAAAAUGGCUGGGAAUGAAUACAUGGGUUUCAGCAAUGCCACAUUCCAGUCAGAGAAGGAAACAGGGGAUCGGAAUUAUGCCAUCGGCUAUUAUCUAAAGGAGAAGAAGUGCUUUCCAAAGGGGGUAGACAUGAUGGCUGCCCUUGACCUCUACUUCCAGUUGUGUUCCGUGGAGGUCACUUGUGAAUCUGGCAGUGUCAUGGCAGCCACCUUGGCCAACGGUGGGAUCUGCCCCAUCACAGGCGAGAGCGUGCUGAGCGCUGAAGCAGUGCGCAACACCCUGAGCCUCAUGCACUCCUGCGGCAUGUACGACUUCUCAGGCCAGUUUGCCUUCCAUGUGGGCCUGCCAGCGAAGUCUGCUGUGUCAGGAGCCAUCCUCCUGGUGGUCCCCAAUGUCAUGGGAAUGAUGUGCCUGUCACCUCCAUUGGACAAAUUAGGGAAUAGCAACAGAGGCAUCAGCUUCUGCCAAAAAUUGGUGUCUCACUUCAAUUUCCAUAACUACGACAACCUGAGGCAUUGUGCUCGGAAGUUAGACCCACGACGUGAAGGGGGAGAAGUUCGGAACAAGACUGUGGUGAACAUCUUAUUUGCUGCCUAUACUGGGGAUGUCUCAGCUCUUCGAAGGUUUGCCUUGUCAGCCAUGGACAUGGAACAGAAAGACUAUGACUCCCGCACAGCCCUGCAUGUUGCUGCAGCUGAAGGACACAUCGAAGUUGUUAAAUUCCUGAUUGAGGCUUGCAAAGUGAAUCCAUUUGUCAAAGAUAGGUGGGGCAACAUUCCCCUGGAUGAUGCUGUGCAGUUCAACCAUGUGGAGGUGGUAAAAGCGCUUCAAGAUUACCAGGACUCCUACACACCAUCUGAGACUCAUGCUGAGGCAGCAACUGAGGUCCUAUCCAAAGAGAAUUUAGAAAGCAUGGUGUGAGCACAGGGCACACACAGUCCCUGCUCAAGAAGAAGCAUGAGCUGGUCACACACUAAUCCUACCGACACAACAUGCUAUGGAGAGCCUCUGUUUCAAUGGAGAUCAAGACUUAGACUAGUGCUUUGUGUGUGACAAAACAUCUCAUGCCCAUGGCAGACAGAGUACAGGGAAGUGCCUCACAGAGCACCUGCAGUGGAACUAUCCAUGGAAUCUAUAGGCUGCUUUAAGGUACAAUCGAAUGGCUUACCCCACUCAGAACCAUCCCAGAUCUCUUCUUCCUGAAGAAAACAUCAUAAGAGAUGUAGAUACUCUGAUGAAGGGGUCCUAGCCACCAUGCACAUAUAUGUAUCCAUGGUGUGUGAGUGUGUGUUUGUGUUUGUGUGUGGCUAUGCACCUGGCUUUAGUAGUCUGGAGAGAUGUGUGUGCCUCUUUGCCCCACCCCCUUACCCAGGAAGUGCUACUGCUAACAGCAAUUUUAUAGACAGAUAAAAGUAUUUUGUGCUCAAAUAAACUUUAAUUACACAAA